AUGGAAACUUCCACAGAGGCAACUCCCCAACCAAGCGAGUCGUACGAAGAGCUUGAAAGCCCGUACUUGCCGCCCCAUGUUAGCCUCUCUCCAGAAGUUGAUCGACUGGUUUGGGAGUUCAAAGGCACGUUUCCCUCGGCAAUUUCCGUCAUGUCCAACGACAGCGGUGCCGAAGGACACCUGGAACCAUUCUUCAAACCGGCAGAUGCAACCGACGACCAAAACCCCGAAAACACCAGCACCGGCACCUACCACCCCAUUGCCCUCCUCCCCAUGACCGACCCACCCGCGUCCUUGAUGACCGUAGCCUCCGUAGACCUCGACAGCUGGGAACAGAACUGGGUGGAGUCGCACGAAUGGCACAGCGAAGUACACGGCGAAUUUGUGACCUACGGCGAUCUCGACGACGACAUCCGGCCGUGGCUAGAUGACCCAAAGGAGGAGGAUCCUUAUAACUGGGAAGCAGAUUCUGACACGGAGUUUCUGAUCAAGUGCUGCGGGGAGGAUCGGCCGGUGCGCACGUGGGGAAGGAGGUUGAAGGUUACGCCAAGAGGUGCAGGGGGAUUUGUCACAAUUGGGGAUUAUGUUUGUGCUGUCCAUACUUGGCUUAUGAGUAUGCGCGACGACGUUUUGAAAGCCAGGGGCGUCAGACAGUACGAUCAAUGCGACGCAUCGCAUCCGGAAUUCGAGUGGAUGGUAACUUUUUACGACGAUGAGCCAGCACAUUGGUUGGUAGAGAAGACGGAAUGGGUCCGCAACCAUUGCCCGCUCAGUCAAGAUAGCAUUGAUGCGGCUAACGCGAUGCUGCGUUCAUUGGGAAGUAGUGGUGAUGUGGUGAAUGUGGUGAACGUGCCCGUUGGAGGGAUGGGUAUUCGUAUUAACCCUGGAGGCGAGGGACAGGAGGAGACAACCGAAGGACAAGAGGAACGGGAAACUGAGUUAGAGGGAAAGGGGAAGAAAAUCGAAGGAUAA